UUCGCGGCAUGAGAUUCAUUCCGGCUCAAACAGCCACUUAGAGAUUUUAAUCGCGUCAUAUUUUUUUUACGAUGCAUUACAUUAAUUUACAAAGUUCACGCUUCGCUGUUACGUUUUGAAACAUUUUUUUUUUUUUUUUUUUUUUAAUUGUCCUGUGUGAUGACACACAUUUUGUGAAUUAAUUUCCGUUAUUUGGAAAUUUCAACAAAAAAUUAUGACGAUCACUAACUCAAAUUACCGCGAUAUGGCACGAUCAAAUUUUAAACGAAGACACUCAGAUCUAUCGCAAUUUGAAUCCGUUGCCAGAAUUUCCAGUUUUCCAAUUGUUGAAAGCAGUAUCUACAUUGCUGGAAAUGUUUAUGAAAUGAUUAAGCGAUCAAAUUCAUUGAUGAAUUGGAGUUUAGACACAGUUGAGCAAUCUUUAGCUUCGGCAAAAUCGGCAAUUUUUGCUCUCAAUGGUCCAAUAACAACGAUUGAUCAAAUUUUAUGCAAGGGCAUUGAUAUUGUUGAACAGAGAGUACCGGCUGUUCAUCUGCCUCCUCAACUUAUGUACUGGAAUACGAAAGAAUAUGUGAACAAGAAAAUUGUAAAACCAGUUCUAAUGAGAGCGGACAGCAUGAAACAAAUUGGUAGCCAUGCUGCUAAUGUUGCAGCUGAUAGAUUAGAUGGAGCAUUGUCUGUUGCUGAUCAAUAUAUUGAUCAUUAUUUACCAGGAGAUCCAAGUGAUAAAAUUGCUGAAGUAGAUACAGUGGAUGCUCCCGUUGAAUCAACAAGUAAGACAGUACGAACAAUAAAACAUGGUGCGCGAUUUUCUCGAAAAUUACAAAGAAGGCUUACACGACGCACAUUAUUGGAAGCAAAAGCACUUAAAAAUCAAGGAACAGAAUGUAUUGCCGUUCUUCUCUAUGUAGCAGAACUCAUAGCAACGGAUCCUAAACUGGCUUAUCAAAAAGCAAAGGAAUUAUGGGCCACAUUAAGUUUACCGGAACCGGAAAAUCAAGCACGUCCAGCAACAUUGGAACAGCUUUUGGUUCUAUUGACACGUGAAUUUACACGUAGAAUUGUUCAUUUAGUGAAUGCAACUGCAAUUCUUGCUUCACGAUCACCACGAGUUUUUGGUAGAUUGCUGUUGACAAUCUCACAUCAAAUGCUUGCGGUUGCAGAUGCUGUCAUUAAGGCAGCGCCAAUUGUUAGAAAGGAAGAUGCUUAUAAAAUGAGUACAGCAGGCAUGAAUUCAGCAAUCAACAGGCUUAAUUCAACAACAAAUCGAUUAUUAGAGCAGUUUGCUGCAUUUUUGGCAGGUAGACCUCGAGUUCAAAAAGCAAAUCACAAUCAAAAUCAUAAUAAUCAUCUUAGAAUCUCGUCCAAUCCACCUGUGAAUGGAAUUGAAUAACAAUAUUUAAUUUUAAAGAAAUUAAAAAGAGGUUUUAUUGAUUUUUAAAGGAAUUAAAUGGAGAUACAAAACGAAAAGAAGAAUAAAAUUAAAGAAGAAGAAGAAGAAGAAAAAAUUUAAAAAUGCGGAGACAAAUGGUCAGAUUGAAUGAGAAAUUGAAUAUCUAUAUUAAAAUAAAUAUGUAUUUUUAAUUCUUAGCAUUUUUUUUUUUUUUUUAGUUUUAGUGAUAGGUUUUUUUUUUGACACAAUGUAAAAGUGUUUCUUUAAGAUUUUUUUUGCUUCUAAAAUGUAAUAAAUUUAAUUGAAAGUGAGCUUUAUAAUAAAGGGUGUGACUGUAAAU